AUGAAUAAACAAAAGAAAUUCAUAUUGUCAGUCUGCCUGUUUAUCUCUAUUUUGAGGAUGCAGAUUGAUGCUACUGUGUAUAUUCCGAAGAUGUUGCCACGACCACUUGUUUUUAUUUGUGUACUUUCUUCAGUAGUGCUCUAUGAAUUUGUAUGUGCGAGCAGCACCACAGAAUCUGCCAGCGCUACUGCUGAUGAGAAUACCACUGAACAAACAACACAGCCAACCACUGAUGAGAGUACCACUCAAACAACACAGCCAACCAAUGAUGAGAGUACCACUCAAACAACCGCUGCUGAUACCACUGCUCAAACAACAGCCACUGCACAAUCUACCACGGUCGAUACUCAGAGUGCCACUCAAACAUCCACCGCUGCUGAGAGUAUCACUCAGGCAACCGCAACUAUUCAGAGCACCACAAGCAGUGGGAACGGAACAUCUGCAAAUCAACCUGAUAAUGGCGGAUGUAUAUUUCACGUGAAUGUCCCCCUUUUAACUACAGUUUUAGUCAUCAUUAGACUUUGGAUUGGCAACCAGUGACGUGGUCCUCAGUUGAAAGAAUGUGGGGAAUAUUUAUGUGCAACUGACUUUAUCAUUGUGAAUUUUCUUUGGUAUCAAUUAUAAAACUGCUUGAUGUACCCGAGUAGAAAAUAAUGAGUUUUUUAUUUAGUCUUGAAAGUACAGUCUUAUUAUAGACUUUUUUCUCUUGAAAAUAAAUUUUGUUUGAGUGGUUAGUAUUUCCUACCAAAUAUUUGAAUGCUGUUGUUUCUUGAAUUUUUAAAGUAUAUUUAAUGAAAUGAAAAUUCUAAAAUCACUCAAUAAAUGAUAUUUGGAAAUUUUGAAA